AUAUGUAUCAUUUUAAAAUAAUCAUGAUAGGAGACAAUAUGGCAGGAAAGUCAUCCAUGAUGUAUCGAUACAGAAAUGGCUGUUUUAAGCAUAUGGAGAGUACCAUUGGAGUGGACUUUUGCGCUAAAUCCCUAGUGAUGGAACCUGGUGUGAGAGUGAACCUACAAAUUUUGGAUACAGCUGGUCAUGAAAGAUUUUGGGAUGUCAUUCUAAGUUACAUUCCUGGAUCUGCUGGAUGCCUGCUGGUGUUUGACCUGGGUAAUCGCAGGACUUUCAACUUGAUUAAAUAUCGGUACUCAGCCGUGCGUGCAAAAGUGCAUCCAUACAGUCUGCUGUUUGUGCUGGUGGGACACAAGUGUGACCGAGAAGAGCGAGAAGUGAGUCAAGAAGAGGUGGAAGAGUUCGCAAGUGAAGUGGGAGUUCCGUACAUCGAGGCCUCAGCUAAAACAGGUCAUAAUGUGGCAGAAGCUUUUGAGCUGUUGACCCACCACAUUUAUCAGGGCUUAAUAAGUGGAGAAGUGCAUUUGCAUGAAAGCUGGGGAAAGAUUGAGAACAAAAAUAAUGACCAGUCAAGAUUAGCCAGCUGA